AUGGGGUCUUGUUGCAGUUGCUUAUGUUCACGCAAUAGAGAUUCAAAAUAUCCUCCACUCUUGUUAGCUGAAAAUGAAAGGGAAGCAAUUUCGGCGCUAUUACAGUAUUUGGAAAACCGCUCGGAUGUGGAUUUCUUUAGUAACGGGCCAUUAAGAGCACUCAGUACUCUAGUGUAUUCCGAAAACAUUGACUUACAAAGAAGUGCAGCAUUAGCAUUUGCUGAAAUCACGGAAAAAGAUGUUAGAGAAGUUAACAGGGACGUGCUUGAGCCUAUAUUAAUACUCUUGCAAAGUGCUGAUUCUGAAGUGCAAAGAGCGGCCUGUGGAGCCUUGGGUAACUUGGCCGUGAAUAACGAAAAUAAAAUAUUGAUUGUCGAAAUGGGAGGAUUAGAACCAUUGAUAAGACAAAUGAUGUCCACUAAUAUUGAAGUGCAGUGUAAUGCGGUUGGGUGCAUAACUAACUUAGCGACGCAAGACGACAACAAAACUAAGAUAGCAAAGAGUGGAGCUUUAAUUCCUUUAGCGAAACUAGCUAAAUCCAAAGAUAUUAGAGUUCAGCGUAAUGCCACUGGUGCUUUAUUAAACAUGACGCAUUCAGGGGAGAAUAGACAAGAAUUGGUGAAUGCUGGGGCAGUCCCAGUAUUAGUAUCUCUCUUAUCCAAUGAGGAUGCAGAUGUCCAAUAUUACUGUACUACCGCUUUGUCCAAUAUUGCUGUUGAUGAAAUCAACCGUAAGAAAUUGUCCACUACUGAACCGAAAUUAGUUAGCCAAUUAGUUAAUUUAAUGGAUUCCCCAUCUCCAAGAGUUCAAUGUCAAGCAACAUUAGCUUUAAGGAAUUUGGCUUCGGAUUCAGGCUAUCAAGUUGAAAUAGUAAGAGCAGGUGGUUUGCCACACUUAGUUCAACUCUUAACGUGUAACCAUCAACCUCUAGUCCUUGCAGCUGUUGCAUGUAUUAGAAACAUUUCUAUCCAUCCUUUGAAUGAAGCUUUAAUCAUUGACGCUGGGUUUUUGAAACCAUUGGUUGGUUUGUUGGAUUUCAAUGAUCUGGAGGAAAUUCAAUGCCAUGCGGUAUCAACGUUGAGAAACUUGGCAGCUUCAAGUGAAAGGAAUAGAUUAGCGUUAUUAGCUGCAGGUGCCGUUGAUAAAUGUAAGGAAUUAGUAUUGAAAGUCCCACUUUCAGUGCAACUGGAAAUCCUGGCUUGUUUCGCUAUAUUGGCAUUAGCUGAUGACUUGAAGCCUAAGUUAUACGAAAGCCAUAUUAUUGAUGUUUUAAUUCCUUUAACUUUCAGUGAAAAUGGUGAAGUAUGUGGGAAUUCUGCGGCCGCAUUAGCCAACCUUUGUUCUAGAGUUUCCAGCGAACAUAAGCAAUAUAUUUUCAAAAAUUGGUCUGAGCCAAAUGAAGGUAUUUACGGGUUUUUAUUAAGAUUUUUACAAAGUGGUAGCGCCACUUUCGAACAUAUUGCAUUGUGGACGAUUUUGCAAUUAUUGGAAUCUAAUAAUACGGAAAUUAACUCGUUAAUAAAAGAAAAUGAAUCUAUCUUAUCAGGAAUAAAGAACUUAAGCGCUUCUCAACAACAAACACAACAAAACCAAGGCCAAGUCAAUAACCCAGACCUGAACGAUCAGUUCGAUGAUCCAAAGGUUGAAUUAUUUAACUUAACUCAACAAAUUUUGCAAAUUUUAGGUUAA